GCACCAAGCCAAAAGCCUUCUUCUUCACAUCACACGAAGUCACAAUUAGUCAUGGGCCUCAUGGCUUCCCAUCGUUCUGCCCCCUCCGUUCACACAACCACAAAAGUGUGCCUUUUAUUCUCAGUACUUCUUGUGGGAAUGACGGGAAUGGCCUCUGCCCAAUUAUCCUCUACUUUCUAUGAUAAAUCCUGUCCUAAAGCCCUUUCCAUCAUUAAAUCAGCUAUUGUCUCUGCUGUGAGUAAAGAGGCACGCAUGGGCGCAUCGUUGCUCCGUCUUCAUUUUCAUGACUGCUUCGUUCAAGGAUGUGAUGCAUCAGUGCUGUUGGACGGCAUCGAUGGAGAGAAAACAGCUUUUCCCAAUAAUAAUUCACUAAGGGGAUUUGAAGUAAUCGACUCCAUCAAAUCUAACCUGGAGAAAGAGUGUCCUGGUGUUGUGUCCUGUGCUGACAUCUUAACCGUCGCUGCAAGAGACUCCGUUGUUGCUCUAGGUGGAGCUACUUGGAUAUGGCAAGUUCUAUUGGGCAGAAGAGACUCUACCACCUCAAAUAAAACUGCUGCUAAUAUUGACCUCCCUAGUCCAUUUCUGGAUCUUAGUGGCCUUAUUAGUUCGUUCGCAAACAAAGGUUUCAUUGCCGAAGAAAUGGUUGCUCUAUCAGGAGCUCACACAAUAGGCCAAGCCAGAUGCAUAGUCUUCCGGGACAGGAUAUACAAUGAAACAAACAUAAAUCCCUCGUUCGCAACAGCACGACAAUCAAACUGUCCAAGGAUUGGAGGUGAUGACAAUCUUGCCCCUCUUGACGCCAUUAGCACAACGUCUUUUGACAAUGCUUACUACACUAAUUUGGUAAGCCAAAAGGGUCUGUUUCACUCUGACCAACAGCUCUUUAAUGGUGGUUCCACCGACUCUCAAGUUAUUGCUUAUAAGCUUAACCCGAUAAGUUUCCAACAAGACUUUAUGAAGGCAAUGAAGAAGAUGGGUAACCUUGGCCUACUUACGGGCACGAGUGGUCAGAUCAGGACAAAUUGCAGGAAAGUCAACUGAGUUAAGGCACUUAUUGGGCUAAACAAUAAGAUUAAGGGGAUCACAAUAAAAUUAAGAUUCUCUGUUGUUAAACUGCCCGAGUGACAGAAUAAGAGCAUAUAUAUGUUUACAUAUUGUGUGCUUUUGAGUAUUAAAUAAUAAGGGCAUUUGUUUUAUGAUA